CGUGAAUUGCAGUCGCCUCUGGUUGAGAACAUAGAUUUGCUUUUCUCCUUUCUUUCUAAACAGAACAUUUGAAUUUUUUUAAUGAACGAAUAUUCGGACACUAGACAUCAUAAUGACUUUCAUCACAACAACAACAAAACUUAUUUCUGGGUUCUGGAAGAAGAAAAUCUUGGUGGUGGCAUCUUCUAAAAACCAUGGAGGAUGCAGAUGAUAGUUGCAGCCCAUCGCUGGAUCAUAGGUUUUUCUUUUCAAUCACAUCUCACCAAAACACAAAAAAAAAAAUAUCUUCUUAUGUUUAUACAAAACAACUGUGUGAAUCUAUGCAAAGAUUGUAAACUUGAUGUUAAAACUUGUAUCUUGAAUCUGCAAAAUCAUCCCAAGUUUCUCAGAUACUCUGCUCGAAUUCUGAAAUUACUCUCUUGUGUUCUGCUUUUGUAUGUUUCCCGCAAGUUUUCAUCUUCUUUGAAUCUUAAACUUCCUGAGCUACAUUGUAUCGUGUCCUUAAGAUGUUUGAUGGUUUUCCUCACUUAUGUUUUUAAGGUGAAGUGUGUUUGGUGUUUAGUUUCUACUGCAAUCUGUUGAUGGCUUAACUGAUACUCAACACUUGAAUCUUAUCUUUGCUCUAUACAUAUUUUACUUGUGGAUUUAGAUUCUGGACUAAUUUGUGAUCCUUUUCUCUUUAUCUCAGUGGUAUCAAUGGUAAAUGUUUUUUCUUUUGUUAAAUGGUGUGAAUACUUUAUGGAUAGUUGUCAUAUUGUGGAUAUGACCCUUUAUGCGAUAUCAACGAUCCGAUGAUAGUUGCUGUGGAAUCUCUAGACUCAAGCAAAAAGAGAAAACUGCGUGCUGAAGAAUUAGACUUGUUACCCCUACCAAAACACUUUUGUCUGGAGCAACAAGCUUCUCUUGUUGAUUCUUCAUUUCCAUCAUCAGAUAUAGAAUAUGCAGAAUGCUCUUAUGCCAUGGAGGACACAAAAACCAGCGAUGAGGCCUCCUCUUCUGCAUCCUUUACAGGCCCUUCUUUGUACAUGUUUAAAGACUCUAUUUAUUCUACCGGAAGUUCUAGUUCUGGUUAUGCUGCUACAUCAAGCAUAGAACAAUGUUUUUCCAAAGUUGAUCACAAAACACAAGAAGAUGCUGAAGACUUCACUCACAUGGAAUUCAUUUGUCACGACUCCGAGUUUGCGGUUGAAGAUCUUCAAGAGGUUCUGAAUCCAGUUGGGUCUUAUGUUCUUUCUUCUGCAAGGUGGAGUGUUGGCAACCAAGAUUACGAAGAAGCUACCACGAAACCAACCAUUGAUCAAGAGUUUGAGCAGUACUUUUCAACACUCAUGAUGUAAACAACAUGAAUUUAUCUACAUAUGUAUCAGUAUCACUAAUCACUGCAAUGUUUAUGUAAAUAUUUUACCUCGUUUUUGGUUAGAAACAUAUAAAACCAGAUCAGAACAAACCUUUUACAUGUC